GUCAGCAACGCAGUCCAAGUCAAAGGCCGCCUGGAAACGGUUCGUAAGGAGUGGGACAGAGAGGAUUAAAGUAAAAACUAAACAUUGCAGAAUACUGGUAAAUCAAAACAAGCCUUCAGAAACAGACCUUCAACAAACAAUAAUGCUUGGGAAGACGUGGAUCGCCUAAAACCUUUGGUAAACUUGACUGUUGGAGGAGUCUAAAGAUUUUUGUUUCGAUCUGGGGUACACGGGAAUUUGGAGCAGCCGUUCUUGUGUUUGAGAUGUGUGCCGCUUUCGUCGGAUGUUUCCGAACUGCAGUCUGUUGAGCUGCAAGGCCUCGGAUUGGAGUAUUGACCAUAAAAAAGUGGACGCAAUUCAGAUUUGGCUAAAGGAGUUUUCGGAGUUGGCCGCCGCCCCCUUGUCGGAUUUAAGCCCCGCCUCACCGAAGACAGCCAUGGAAUCGACGGUCGAUGACGACGCGAUGGAAGCGUGAAUGAGGUUUGGCGCGGUGAGAGCUGAACGAUGCCCAAAAGUGGGGGUCCUAAAACGCCCCAGCUGGAGGAUUUCUCACUCAACACCGACAUGGUGGAGAAGCAGGCGGGGAAGAAGGAUAAAGAUAAAAUCUCUUCAAACAAGACUCCCAAACUGGACCGAGGGGAUGGAGGGAAGGAGAUGAAAGAGAAGGCUCCGAAGAGGAAGCUGCCCUUCACAGUCGGAGCCAAUGGAGAGCAGAAAGACUCGGACUCGGAGAAGCAAGGCCCGGAGCGGAAGCGCAUUAAAAAGGAGCCCACCAACACCAGGAAGUCGGGCCUGGCGUUCGGGGUGGGCGUGCCGGGGAUCCGGACCGGGUACCCUCUCUCGGAGCGGCAGCAGGUGGCUCUCCUCAUGCAGAUGACGGCUGAGGAGUCGGUUAACAGUCCAGAAACAACGCCAAAGCACCAGUCGAGUCUGGGUCAGAAGGGAACGCCAAACUCCGCCUCUAAAACCAAAGACAAGGUGAACAAGCGCAACGAGCGGGGCGAGACGCGGCUGCACCGGGCCGCCAUCCGCGGCGAGGCGCGCCGCGUCAAGGAGCUCAUCAACGAGGGCGCCGACGUGAAUGUCAAAGACUUCGCAGGCUGGACCGCGCUCCACGAGGCCUGUAACCGUGGCUACUACGACGUGGCCAAGCAGCUGCUGGCGGCCGGGGCGGAGGUCAACACCAAGGGCCUGGACGACGACACGCCCCUGCACGACGCGUCCAACAACGGCCACUUCAAGGUGGUGAAGUUGCUCUUGCGUUAUGGCGGGGAUCCUCGUCAAAGCAACAGAAGAGGAGAAACACCACUGAAAGUGGCAAACUCCCCUACCAUGCUGAAUCUCCUACUUGGCAAAGGCACUUAUACGUCCAGUGAGGAGAGUUCUUCAGAGUCAUCAGAGGAAGAGGAUGCGCCUUCAUUUGCUCCAUCCAGCUCUGUUGAUGGCAAUAAUACAGACUCAGAGUUUGAAAAAGGUCUGAAGCUGAAAGGAAAGGGCCUUGACCCGCCUAAAUCAAUAGCCACACCUAUAAAGGACGAGUAUGAGUUUGACGAGGAUGAUGAGGAGGAGCGCGUGCCUCCCGUUGAUGACAAACACCUGCUCAAGAAAGAAUUUCGCAAGGACUCUGCUACCAAGGCCAACAGCUUAAUUGCCAUCCCCAAAAUGGAGGUCAAAACUUAUUCCAAAACCAACUCGCUGACACCAAAGAAGGCCGCAAGGCGCAUCCUAUCCGACACCAACAGCUCGGAUGAAGACGAGCGAACCGUGUGUUUCACCCAGACACCGGUUGCACGGCAACCAGCCCCAGCAGCUAAUUCUAAAAGCCGGGAAUCUGCUGCCAUGACCUCCAAGCAGCAGAAGGAGAAGAGCAAGGUUAAGAAGAAGAGGAAGAAGGAGACGAAAAACAGUGCUGGCAAGGAGGUGCGGUUUGGCAAACUCAAUAACAAGUUCUGCACCUCCGAGUCAGAGAGUGGGGACGUGGAGAGUGAGGAUGACAAGGGCUCUGUGCAGAACUCAAACUGCAUGAAGGACUCUGCUGCCUUGGGCCAGAAACAGUCGUCCAUCUUUGGAUCUCUCUCUGCUUCCUCCUCUUCGUCGCAUGGAAGCUCGGGCUCCCAGAAACUGAUGCAGUCGCUGGCGGAGCAGCACCCGAAGCAGUGGAGGACGGACGGCUGGAAGACCGUGUCCUCCCCGACCUGGUCUGACGUCAGUUCUCUCUCUGACUCGUUCAGGACACGGAUAUCCAGCGAGUCGGACUACUCAUCCGCGGACUCGAGCGUGGAGUCUGUGAAGGAGGUGAAGAAGAAGCCACAGGACAGCAGGAAAAAGAACAAUGCCACACACAGCAACAUUUCAGAGAAAAAGAGCUCCUCUGAUUUCUAUAAGGCCUCUAAUGCGGAAGGGGCGGUCUCAAAGACAGACAGAGACGGCAAGGUAUUGAAAAAGCAUAAGGUAAAGCACAAACACAAAAACAAAGAGAAGGAAAAGGCCCCAAGUCUGGUGCUCAACCAGGACAUGAAUGAGAAAUUUGUCAAAAGCUUUUCCUUCGAUUUUGAUGACGCUCAAAAGUCCCUCAUCGUGGACACAGAGUCUGCUGCAGAAAACAAAGUCAAGCUCUCAAAACACGAUAAAGAUCAUUUAAAAAAGGAAGAGCGGAUGUCUAAGGGCAAGGCAGAGGAAAAGGACUGGCCUUGUGGAAAAGACACAGUAAGAACUGCUAAAGAAGAGAAAUCCAAGAAGUCAAAGGAGUCUACCAAGGAAAAGAUGAUCAAGGAGGAGAAGGAAAAAACCUUCAAAGCAGAAAAAGAAAGAAACACAAAGGACAAAGAGAAGCCUAAGGAGGACAAGCAGAAGACCCACAAAGAUGAGAAAAAGAAAAAAUCCAAGGACAAGUCUUCUAAAGUGGACAAAAGCAAUGAAUUAAAAGAGGAUAAACAUCUAAAAUCAGAGAAAGAGAAAAAUGGUAAGGAGGAGAAAGAAAAGUUGAAAAAAGAAAAGGUGCCCAAAGAUGAGCCAGAUUAUGAGGACUAUGAUAUCACGAGUCGUUUUUUAGAUUUGGAUGACAGCAAACUCAGUGCCUCAGACGACCCCAAUGACCGAUGGGAGUCUGACCUGUCUUCAAGCUCGUCUCUCUAUGGAGAUGACAGCUGGGAUGCUCCUGUAAAGGAAUAUAAAGAAUACAAAGCCAACAAUGCUGUCAAACUGAUUGUUGAGACUAUGAAAGAGGAGAACCGAGAUCGGAGAAAGGACAACAAAGUCAAAGACAGGAAAUUGGAGCACAGUGAAAAAGAGAAGAAAGAGCCUGCCUCCAAAAAGAAAGAAAGGGACUCAUCAGAAAAGGUCGGUGAAAAGAAAAAGGACUCUGAUAAACAGAAGCUAAACUCCACCUACUUACCUGAAAAAGAGAAGAAAAGGAAAGAGUCUGCAGAAAGCAUUAAGGAGAAAAAAGAUAAAGAUUCUAUGGACAGUAGCAGGGAAAGGAAAGACACCUACGAGUUCACUAAAGAGAGGAAGGACUCCAAAAUGAAGCAAGAUGAUAUGUCCAGAGAUGAGUAUGGAUGCGAUGCCUUUUUCAAAGACAAAUCUGAGAGUGAGACUGCUGUCAAAUCAUUGGAGCUCAGAGAGAGGAACCACUCUGCGAAGGAGAAGAAAGGAGAAGCUACAGAAAAGGAAAAGAAAGACAAAUCUAAUAAAGGAGACAAACACAAAGAGAAGCCUAAAGAUAGGAAUUUCCUGGAUUCUGAAAAAGAGAAAGCAGAGAAAACCUCCACAGAAAAAGCUCCUAAGGAGAAAGAUGUAGACAGAGGCUCCAAGGACAAAAAGGACGGAACAAAAGACAAGCACAAAGACUCUCACGGUAAAGACAAGGAGAGGAAAAUGUCCUUGGAGCAGAGCAAAGACAGGAAGGAGAAGGACAAACACGUGGACAAAGAGAGGGACUUCCUGGAGGCAAAGAGAGAAGAGCGAAAACCUGAAAAGGUACGAGAAAAGACCUGGUACAAAAUCGCCGACAUCUUCACCGAUGAAAGUGAGGAUGAGGAGGAUGACACGUACAACGGAGGGGUACUUAAGCUCAGUGAUUCCCUUGGCCUUUCAGAUCCCCACCGCAAAGACUCCACACCGGACCCGGAUGAGAUAGAGCUCUUUCACAGUGACAAGCAUAGGAAGUACUCCGCAGACAGCAAGCAGCACUCCAUGGAGAAAAUUAAAGAGAAGGAUUACAAAGACAAGAAGAAAGAAAAAACCUUGUUUGAUGGUGGAAAAGACAGAAAGGGCUCUAUAGAUAAACACAAAGACAAAAAGGAGAAGGAGUCUGUGGAUGGAAAGCAUAAGGAGCGCAAAGACAAGGCGACUGUUGACUCCAACCAGGAGAAGAAAAGUAAGCAGAAGAUCAUGGAGAAGAGACACUCUGGGGAUGAGAAGCAAAAGGGCAAAUAUAAAGACAAGCCUGACAAGGAGUAUCCUAAGGACAGGAAGCCCUCUAAGGGAAAUGGCGAGAAUGAGAAAUCCCUACUGGAGAAGUUGGAGGAAGAGGCCCUGAAUGAUUACAAGGAUGACUUCAAUGACAAGAUCAGUGAGAUCUCCUCAGACAGCUUCACUGACCGAGGCCAUGAUCUCAGCAGUUUGUGUGACUCUUCCAUCAGCCUUCCAGACAUCACGGAAGACAGGAGGGACUCGCUGUCCAUAUCCUACCCCCAGGACAAGUUCAGAGAAAAGGAACGACAUCGGCACUCAUCGUCCUCCUCCUCCAAGAAAAGCCAUGAUAAAGAAAAGGACAAAAUCAAAAAGGAGAAGACCUUUGACAAGCGAGAUAAGUCAGAGGAGAUUAAAGAGACAUACGGACGUAGAGAGAGCCUGCCCUUUGAAAAGGAAUCCAUGCCUCUAGAGGCUGACCCCUAUACUUUCCCAUAUGGGACCAAGCCUGAUGGUGAGGAUGAUAUAGACAAGACGCUAGAGUUUGAAAAAGAGAUGUCCAAAAAAGCAGACAAGGAUAAGGCUGGGGGCAUCAUCGCCACUGAGAAGAUCAAAGACAAAAAGAAAAGAGAGAAACACAAGGAUAAAGUUAAAGAGGAUAAACAUAAAUAUACAGACAGCUUUGGUUCAUUUAAACACUCAAAGGAAGAUCAGAAAUCUGGUCUGAAGGAGAGUCCCCAAAUAUCUAAUUUGAAGGAGAAGUCCAAAGAAGACAGCCCCAAGUUUGACAUCCGAAACAAGGACAGAACCAAGGACAUUUUGGACAAGGACAGCAGGAACGAUCACACAAAGUCCAGGUCAAAAGAGGAGAGUGACCGGUUGCCUCAGUCCAGAGAUGCAACACGAAAAGACAACCGUCCCCGGGACAAGCUGCUUGUUGAUGGUGUUCACAGGUUGACAAGCUUUGGGAAAAUGCUCUGCGAGAAGGACCUAGAGAUUGAAGAGCGUCAUAAAAGGCACAAGGAGAGAAUGAAACAGAUAGAGAAGCUGAGGCACAGGUCUGGUGAUCCCAAACUGAAGGAUAAAGCCAAGCCUGGUGAGGACCUGCGUAAGAGUCGCUCUGACCUGGCAUCUAAAAAAUUAAGUUCUUUAGACACCAUGUUAAAGGAGAAGAAGUCCAAAGACAUGGGAGUUCCAACUCAGAUGAUGUCACCUGAGAGAAAAUCUCAGCCUGCUGAUAGCCAGAGCUCUAAAGACUGGCUUAUGGGACAUCAAAUAAAGGAGAACCUCCCUGCUUCUCCACGACCAGACCAGAACAGGCCGACUGGUGUGCCCACACCCACAUCUGUAAUCUCGUGUCCUAGUUAUGAAGAGGUCAUGCAGACCCCACGCACUCCUUCUUGCAGUGCAGAGGACUACCCUGACCUCAUGUUUGAUGGCAUAGACUGCCAGAACUCAUCCGCUAUGAGCAUGUCCAUGAAUGCUUGCUCUCCAUCCUUCUUUGACAGGUAUUCCAACACGCCGCAUGGAUUUCAAGAAAAUGCUUGCCUUACCCCCGCAAAGAACCUCCAGAUGCCCGUUCUAAGUCGCUCGGCCUCAGUUGAUGGCAGAAGGCCUUUCGACGAGGAGUUCAAAGUAGACGCUGACAAAUUCCUUCGACAGCAGAGUGUUCCUGCCACAUCUGAGUUCGAGUCUUCCUCAGUCCUUCAUCCGCUAGAGGAGAAGUUAGUCCCAGUGGACAGGCUUGACUGCUCACCUCCCAGCUUUUCACCCCACAUUGGGAGGCCCUCACCUAAGCUGGAGCCAGCUGAGACUGCACUGGAUGGGGUGUCCUCAGCUAUCACUGCUACAGACAGCAGUGAGCACCUUUCUGAUUGUGUCUACAGCAACUUCCUGUCCAAGCCCUCGCCUCCAGUGCACAGACUCGACCCUCAGGAGCCUUGUUUGGACAUUGCUGCCCCGCCCACCCCUGCCCCUGCUGCUCUACCCCCUUUGGAUAUCGACGAGCUUUCAGAACCUCACCAUCCUCUCCACUUGUCGCCCCACAGUGAGCCCAGCUUUAUCUCCACUGACCCCAUGAGUGGCACAAGCUUCCUGCCCCCAGUUGAGGAGGAAAAAGAUGGGGAGAAUGAGGAAGUGGAUGAAGAAGAAGGGGAUGAGGAUGAGGAUGAAGAAGAACAGGAGGAGGAAGAAGAGGAUGAUGACCCAGAGGAGGUAGCAGAAAGUGAAGGUCACUUAGCUGAGGGGACAGACCCCUUCAGGGAUAACAGCCCCUGCAGUCCACACCUCCCAGAGCCUGAGAAGAAGGAGUGGCUAGAAUCUCCAGGCAGAAGGGAUUUGCCAGACACUGUCCCACUGACACCCACCCAUCCCCCGGUGAGCCUAAUGGAGAACUCCCAUGAUCACUCAGUCAGCUGGACUGUCAACUCUGACAUGCUCCUAAAAUCUCCCCAAAGAAUUGUGGAGAGGCCAAUUGUGGAAUUUCCGCCAACCUCAAAGGUCUUCCCCUUACCACACCCAGAAGACAGCCUGCAGCAGCACCUUUCUACAGCAUUAGCCUGUCCCCCAACAGAAACUUCACCCUACUCUACCUUCCCCAGGGCUUAUUGCCCCCCGCACAUCCCUGAGUCAGACUAUGAAGAGCAGAAAGACCAUGUGGAUGACAUUCCCACCCCAGCAAAACCUGUUACAGCAUCUGUGGAGUCAGAGCCCAUCUUCAUGUCCUCUUCAUCUACCCGGCUGGAGGCUUUCUUCACUGAAUGCAAGCCCAUGCCUGAGCCUCCAUGUUUGACAACAGACAGCAGGCAGGACUCCCUCAGCUAUAUUCCCGAAAGCAGCAUCCCCCCACCUGUGAGCCUUGAGCCGGUGGUGUCCUGGGUGGAUCCUUUUGUUCCUCCAGUGGAUGACUUGGAAGACUUGGGCGCCUUCUCUCUGCCCGACUUGCCCUUACAGGAAAAGGAAAUGCAGGAGCCCGAAGUCACGAACUCAGAACCCCCAGAGAACAAAUGUCCUCCGGCUGAAGUCACAUCUCCAAUCGAGGAGACGAGAGAGGACCCAGACCUAAUGGAGCUGGAGAUGCCUUGCUUAGCCCAGGCCCCCACCUCGCCGGCUGUGGUGCCAUUGAGUGAGCCCACACGGGAACCCGACUUACCUUUGGAGGACAGCUGCAGAUCUCCGCAGGAUCUGGAGCCAGAACCUCAAAAGGUACCAGAAAAUGACUCCAUUGACAUGGGAGCUCCAGAGGAAAAGGAGCUAUUUGAGGAAAGUGACAGGCACCCACUGCCAUCUGCAGUCGAUGACAGCAGUGACCAGGAGCACUUGGUGAUGGAUCUUGCAGUAAAGGAGCCCACUGCAAUCGCUGUUGCACCAUGCCCAGACCUGGUGACGCCUGUGGAAUUGGACGCCAGUCAACAAGCUCCCACCACCACAACGCCAGUUCAGUGUAGCCCUGUCCACUCUACAACGGUGACCUCAGUGGACACGCAGUCCAAUGCAGACCAGACAUCCUGUAACUCUAUGGCGCCUAAGGCAGCAACUGCAUUGCCCAUCAUUGAGGUUCCCAAAAAAGUGGAGGAGAUCCCUCAAAGAAUGACCAGGAACCGGGCCCAGAUGCUGGCCAAUCAGAGUAAGCAGAGCUCCGCUGUUCACGCCAGCGUCACAUCGUGUGGCCCAGCUCACAGCACCACCAGCACCACCACUGUGGUUACCACUUCCUCCAGUCCCACAGAGAAAGAGGAAGCCUCCAUUACCACUACCAUCACCUCCAGCUCAACCGUUGCAGCUCCAGCUGUGGUCAGCAAGAGCAAAAGCCGGGCUGCUGAGGAGGAGGACUCCCAGGCUCAGCACCCGCGCAAGAGGAAGUUCCCUCGAUCUGGCCCACAGCAGGUGCAGGUCCAGCUAGUCAACACGGCCAUGCAGCAGACUCGGGAGAUGAUCCAGCAGACCCUGGCCGUCAUCGUCAACGCCAUCAAGCUCGAUGAUAUUGAACCUUACCACAGUGACCGCUCAAACCCCUACUUCGAGUACCUGCAGAUCCGAAAGAAGAUUGAGGAGAAACGCAAGAUCCUGUGCUACAUCACACCGCAGGCCCCACAGUGCUAUGCUGAGUAUGUGACCUACACCGGCUCCUACCUGCUGGACGGCAAGCCCCUCAGCAAACUGCACAUCCCCGUGAUCGCCGCGCCUCCGUCCCUGACGGAGCCCCUGAAGGAGCUCUUCAGGCAGCAGGAGGCGGUGAGAGGGAAGCUGAGACUGCAGCACAGCAUCGAGAGGGAGAAGCUGAUCGUGUCGUGUGAACAGGAAGUCCUGCGGGUGCACUGUCGUGCAGCGAGAACGAUAGCCAAUCAGGCUGUCCCCUUCAGCGCCUGCACCAUGCUGCUGGACUCUGAGGUGUACAACAUGCCCUCUGAGAAUCAGGGCGACGAGAACAAAUCGGUGAGGGAUCGCUUCAACGCCCGACAGUUCAUUUCCUGGAUUCAGGACGUCGACGACAAAUACGACCGCAUGAAGACUUGCCUGCUGAUGCGGCAGCAGCACGAGGCGGCGGCGCUCAACGCCGUGCAGAGGAUGGAGUGGCAGCUCAAGGUGCAGGAGCUGGACCCCGCCGGGCACAAGUCCCUCUGCGUCAACGAGGUCCCGUCCUUCUACGUGCCGAUGGUGGACGUCAACGACGACUUCGUGCUGCUGCCCGCGUGACAGUGACUCUGCCGCAUGCAGGCUGUCCGGCAUCACCUCUCAAAAAGACAUCCAACAGACCGUAUGGUAAGGGCUAGCCAGUUUGAAAAAGGAAUUAUUCUUUCUUGAGGAAAAACAAAAACAAAAUCUAUAUUAUAUAUAAAAAUGAAAACAAACAAAAAAAAAAAAACUUGUUUAUGAUUCCCUCCUACGAGAGGAGGCAGUAUCUUUUUACCGGGAAAACACAACUUGCACUUUCAUCCUACAAGUUUUUAAUGCCUUUUCUUUGAGGCUUAGACCCCUCUGUUUGAUUUUAUUUUCCCCUUCUUUUCAUUUUUUUGGAAAAGGAGUUCAUUAAGAGAUUUUGUUCCUUUACUUUUGGUUCCCUUAAAAAAAUAAGAUGUUGAUGAUGAUGAUGAAACUGAGGUGGGGGACAGUCCUUGAUGUGUGUGUACAUCAGAACCAUGGCCAGGGUGAGAGAGCGGGGGCUGGGCCGUGCGCUCACUGACCCGCAGUGGCGCCCCCCUGCCCCGCCCCGCCCCGAACCGCAGCCCAUGCUACACUGCAUGGCGGGAAUCCGGGGCUCAGACAGCGGGCCCCCCGCGGCCAGGGGGCAGCGGUGUGCGGGUGGCCCGGCGGCCGGACAGCAGGAACCCAGCUCUGACGGGACGGUGCGGCCGUAGGACUGGGGGUGCGGGGGUUGUGGGUUCGCAUCUGGAGCGAGAAAGAGGCCGCACCCUCAGCUACGCGGCGUCGGACUGAGAGGGGCGGAGAGGGAGACGGGAUCUCUGACGCUCGCCUGCAGGAUCAAUCAGCCGCUACCAUUCACUGCAAACAACUGCACAAGGAGGGGGGAGA